GGCUGUAUGGUGACAGAGGAAGGCUGUGGUUAUUUGUCUUCAGCUCUGAGUUCAAACCCCUCACACCUGAGAGAGCUGGAUCUGAGCUACAAUCACCCAGGACCAUCAGGAGUCCAGCUGCUCAAACACAAACUGGAGGAUCCCAACUAUAAACUGCAGAUACUCAAAUUGGAUCAUGGAGGUCAUUUCAGAGUCACUCCAGGACUGAAAAAAUAUGCCUAUGAUCUCACACUGGAUCCAAACACAGCACACACUCAACUCAUCUUGUCUGAGGGGAACAAAAAAGUGACACCUGUCGAAGAGCAACAGUCAUAUUCUGAUCAUCCAGACAGAUUUGAGCACCACGAGCAGGUUCUGAGUCGAGAGAGUCUGACUGGACGCUGUUACUGGGAGACUGAAUGUAGUGGCUGGAGUCAUGUAGCAGUGACAUAUAAAGGAAUUGACAGAAGUAACUGCUGGUUUGGAUAUAAUGACAAAUCCUGGAGUCUGUUCUGUUCUACUAAUGUAUUCACUGCCUGGCACAAUAAUGUGAGCAAUAAUAUACCAGCCCCUUUACCCCUGUCUAAUAGAGUAGGCAUGUACGUGGACGUGUCGGCCGGCACGCUGUCCUUCUACAGCGUCUCUGACACACACACACUCACACACUUACACACAUUCAACACUACAUUCACUGAACCCCUCUACGCUGGAUUUAGGGUUUAUGGUUCUUCACUAACUCUUUGUUAGAUUUGACAACCUGCCAAGAGAAACAACUGACACAAAAGCAAACUCACUUUUACAAACUUGUUACAAACUUGUGAUUUUUUGUGUGUGUGCCUGUUUUGUGGUUUCCCUCCUUUUCUUAAAAGACCACUUCUGCGUUUUCAAAACCCAAAUUAAUCAGAAAUAAAGUUUUGUUGCUUUUAGUUUGCUAGCUUUUAGGUCAUCUGCAUGCUAGUGUAAACUCUAAAUUUUGACGAAAUGUAACCAAAAGUAAAUCUGGAGUGUUAUGAUGAGGUCUCGAUAUGUGAAGAGAAUAUGAAUUAAGAAUAUGAAUAUAAGAAUAUGAAAAGAACAUGAAACUUCUU